GCCCUAGAAAUCCCGACCGUGACAUGCCAAGGUUCCAAAUCAACGGUUAUCGAAUUCUUAUUCCUUUCUCUCUCUUACGUUUUCUUGCUAAAUUCCUCGGCUGCGUCAACUCUACUAUCUCCCCUUCUCUCUGCUCUCUAGGAAGCAUACUCAGCUACGAACAUGGCUGUCACAUUUAAAGUUAUCCGGGUAGCUCUUCUUGUCUUCUUCCUUUUGCUCCCUGCAGUCUUUUCUGCAGCCAGCGAUAGGUUGGUGAGGAUUGGACUGAAGAAGAAGAAAUUGGACUUAAGUAACCGAUUAAGUGAACAAAUAGAGUAUAAGGAAAGGCAAGCUUUAGGAGCUCCACUAAGAAAGUAUCAUGUCCGUGGUAAUCUUGGGGAGGAUACUGAUAUUAUUGCAUUAAAGAACUUCAUGGAUGCUCAGUAUUAUGGUGAGAUUGGCAUUGGCACACCUUCUCAGAAGUUCACUGUGAUCUUUGACACAGGAAGCUCUAAUCUGUGGGUGCCAUCUUCACAUUGUUAUUUCUCAGUUGCUUGCUUUUUCCACUCCAAGUAUAAGUCUAAGCAAUCAAGCACCUACAGAAAAAAUGGAACAUCUGCUGAGAUACAUUAUGGAACUGGGGCAAUCUCGGGUUUCUACAGUCAGGACAACGUCGAGGUCGGGGAUCUCGUUGUUAAGCAUCAGGAUUUCAUUGAGGCAACCAAAGAGCCUGGCAUCACAUUCCUAGCCGCUAAGUUUGAUGGCAUUCUUGGACUUGGAUUUCAAGAGAUUUCAGUUGGAAAGGCUAUUCCUCUCUGGUAUAACAUGGUUGAUCAAGGUCUUGUAAAUGAGCCCAUCUUCUCAUUUUGGUUAAACCGUGAUGCUGAUGGGGAAGAAGGGGGAGAACUUGUGUUUGGUGGAGUUGAUUCUGAUCAUUUCAAGGGCAAGCACACUUAUGUUCCGGUGACUCAGAAAGGCUAUUGGCAGUUUGAUAUGGGUGAUGUCCUAAUUGAUGGCCAAACAACUGGAUAUUGUUCAGCUGGUUGUGCAGCAAUUGCUGAUUCUGGAACUUCUUUGUUUGUGGGCCCAACGACCAUUAUUGCUCAAAUCAACCAUGCUAUUGGAGCUUCUGGUGUCGUUAGCCAAGAAUGCAAGACAAUUGUUUCACAGUAUGGACAGACCAUACUGGAAAUGCUGAUAGCUGAAACUCAACCACAGAAGAUAUGCUCUCAAAUUGGUUUCUGUACUUUUGAUGGAACUCGUGGUAUCAGCAUGGGGAUUGAAAGCAUAGUUGACCAGAGUGUAGACAAGUCAUCUGGGGGUAUGCAUGAUGCAAUGUGCACUGCUUGUGAGAUGGCAGUUGUAUGGAUGCAAAAUCAACUGACAAGAAAUCAAACACAAGAGCAAAUCCUGGAUUAUGUCAAUCAGCUGUGUGAUCGACUGCCUAGUCCAAAUGGAGAAUCAGCAGUGGACUGCAGCAGUCUAUCCUCCAUGCCCAAUAUUUCAUUUAGCAUAGGGGGUAAGCUAUUCGACCUAGCACCAAAAGAGUACGUUCUGAAAAUUGGAGAUGGAGUUGCAGCACAAUGCAUCAGUGGAUUUGCUGCCUUAGAUAUUCCUCCACCUCGUGGACCUUUGUGGAUCUUAGGAGAUGUUUUCAUGGGUCGCUAUCACACAGUGUUCGACUACGGAAACUUGAGGGUUGGAUUUGCUGAAGCAGCUUAACGGGAAUUCAUCUUAUUAUACACUCAAACAUACCACUUUCAUUUCAUGUAAAAGGAUGUAAGAGACACUAUGCAUAAAUUUCGUAAAAACUUAAACUUAGCAAUGCAGUGCAACUUGCAGCACAGACCAGUAUGUAUGUAUUUGUAAAUAUUGACAGCAGGAGAUAUAAGAUAUGGAUGGACUGGUUAUAAUA